AUGCUGAAGAUCCCGACGCCCAAGGGCGAUGAGUCCACGCUCAUCAUCGACGUCAACCCUCUGCACAGGGUCCCCCUCGUGUUCUUCAACAUGCUGAUCUUCGCACUUACUUUCAUGGUCGCCUUCGUCUGUGUCGUGAGCAUGGUGGAGCGCUCCGACGAGAUCUCUUUUCGCAACCGGUCACUGCUGGUCAGCUUCAUGGUCAACUUGGAGGUGACGGCGUUCAUCAUAUCGAGCAUUCUGGUCGUCGUCAGCUUCCUGGGCUUCGUCGGGGCGCUGCGCGAGAACGUCUGCUUCCUGCGCUGGUACCUGAGGGGCAUCACAUUGCUCGACUAUGCGUGCUUUAUCCUCGGCCUAGCAAGCCUCGCCCUACCAUACGUCAGCACCAGCAGCGCCAAGAGCUUGUUCAGCAUCGACAUGAUCGUCAGCUACCGCGAUAACCCAGACUAUGCGCGGCUCGUCGAUACUGCCCAGGCGUCGUUCCAGUGCUGUGGCGUGACGACCGAGCACUUCCGCGACUGGGACCACAACAUAUACUUCAACUGCUCCAAGUCGAACCCGAGCACGGAGCGCUGCUCGGUGCCCGCCUCGUGCUGUCGACCACCAGAGGGCGAGAACCCGGACUUGGAGACGCGACUGAGGCGCCGCUUCUGCGGAAGUGGCGUGCUCGCUGGCACGGAGCAAGAAGCCUGGCAGAAGGUAACCACUGUCGAGGUUAUUGCCACUGGUUCUUCAGAGAAACGAGAAACCACCCGCUGGCAGCGCUUGCAGCUCGAGUGCCAGUCGAGUGAUAACCACGCAAUGACAUGUCAAAGUAUGCUGGCAAGUGGGGCGAGUUGA